GCGCAGUUGUUUCUCCAACCUACGCUACUGAUCGUCAUUUGCAUAAGUUGCACCUGUACACUCCAUAUAAUAAUACACGCCUCUGCAUCAUAAAAAUCUCACACCUUCACCUCUUUGGCCUCCAUCACCCUGUUCAGUCUCACUUCCGACCGUGUGGUCUACGAAAUCAUGGCCAACGAAGCAGACACCAUGGAUCACUACCAGUCAAGAUACUCUACUGUCAUGUCUGAAAAACACCUAUCCGCCUCAUACAUCACCAAUCCCUCCUCACCUCGGCGGAAGCCAACUCGAGCACAGAGCACCAGAACAAGCAACGGCACAGUGAGCACGAAUCUGAGUUAUGGGAGCAGUGGAAGAAUGUCAGAAGCGACCAACAUCACACAACCCCCUUCAUAUUCCAAAAAAUUUGUGGUAGUCGGUGACGGUGGCUGUGGCAAGACUUGUCUCUUGAUCAGCUAUUCGCAAGGAUAUUUUCCAGAAAAAUACGUGCCCACAGUCUUUGAGAACUACAUUACUCAAACGAUACACAAGCAGACAGGCAAGACUGUCGAACUGGCAUUGUGGGAUACGGCAGGUCAAGAAGAAUACGAUCGCCUUCGACCACUCUCCUAUCCCGAAACUGAUCUUCUCUUUGUUUGCUUUGCGAUCGACUGCCCCAAUUCGCUCGAGAACGUCAUGGACAAGUGGUAUCCUGAGGUCUUGCACUUUUGCCCUACUACUCCCCUCAUUCUCGUGGGUUUGAAGUCGGAUCUCCGAAACAAGAGAACGUGUAUCGAGCUCCUCCGCACCCAAGGCUUGACACCCGUCACACCAGAGCAAGGUCAAGCAGUGGCCAGACAGAUGGGCGCAGCAUACAUUGAAUGCAGUGCAAAGGAAUCUAGAGGCAUUCAAGACGUCUUUGACCUAGCCAUUCACACUGCCAUUCAGGCGGAAGAGGAGAGUUAUGAGGCCAAGCCCAAUACCAAAGGUGUCAAGGUGAAAAGGGCCCGGAAAAGAAAGUGUGGCAUACUUUGAUCAUGGCGGGGAUAUUGGUUGGAAUGUCUGGCCAUUGAGCAAGUCCUGCUGCUCCGAAUUCAUCCAAGCCCGGGCUUCGAUCGAGGCCUUUGGGCUUCAGAGUACCAGUAAUUUCGGUAUUUGCGUUGACAGGUCAACCGGGCUCUGAACGAUUGUACGCACAUACUAGAUGGCGUUGCUGCACAAGUGCAUGACUGGCGUUGGAAGGGAAGGCUUUGUGUGUCUGAGUAUGUCCCUCGGAAUGAAAAGGUGACAAGAUGUCUAGAGUUGUUCACAGAGUCCAUCAUCUGAGCAUUGAAUAAGAUCGGUCCUUGGAACGGCUUAAAGACUUUUCGUGGCGUGCUUCUUUGCAGGUCGCUCCCGAUCCUCGGGUUUGACGGAAGACGAAUAUCGACUUUUGACGGGUGGUGGUAUUGCGG